AAGGGAAGAAAAAAGGACUCCGUCGCUGUUAUCUUUUUUUUUUCUUCCUCGUUUUACAAUUCUGGUGUGACCGAGACAGCCCACGGGAGACGCUGCCGCGAGGUGGGCCAGCUCGCAGGGAGAGCACCGAGGCAGCCUCGAGGGCCAGUGCGCCGCCAAGGACAAAAGGAAGCCCGCGCCGCGCGCCCUGCACCUUUCCUACCGAUCAGCAUGAAGAAGACCGAAAUGGGAAGGUUCAACAUCUCCCCGGAUGAGGACAGCAGCAGCUACAGCUCCAACAGUGACUUCAACUACUCAUACCCCACCAAGCAGGCUGCUCUGAAAAGCCAUUAUGUGGACGUGGAUCCCGAAAACCAGAACUUUUUACUUGAAUCAAAUCUGGGGAAGAAGAAGUACGAAACAGACUUUCAUCCAGGUACUACUUCCUUUGGAAUGUCAGUAUUUAAUCUGAGCAAUGCGAUUGUGGGCAGUGGAAUCCUUGGGCUUUCUUAUGCCAUGGCUAAUACUGGAAUUGCUCUUUUUAUAAUUCUCUUGACGUUCGUGUCAAUUUUUUCGCUAUACUCCGUCCAUCUCCUCCUCAAGACUGCUAACGAAGGAGGAUCUUUAUUGUACGAACAGUUGGGACAUAAGGCUUUUGGUCUGGCUGGAAAGCUAGCAGCCUCGGGAUCGAUCACCAUGCAGAACAUCGGGGCUAUGUCAAGCUACCUCUUCAUAGUGAAAUAUGAGUUACCUUUGGUGAUCAAGGCAUUAAUGAACAUUGAAGAUACAAAUGGGCUAUGGUAUCUCAACGGUGACUAUCUGGUCCUGCUGGUGUCCUUUGUGCUGAUUCUCCCACUGUCACUGCUGAGAAAUCUAGGAUACUUGGGGUACACCAGCGGCCUCUCUCUGCUCUGUAUGAUAUUCUUUCUGAUUGUGGUGAUCUGCAAGAAGUUUCAGAUCCCGUGCCCCGUGGAAACCGUUUUGAUGGCCAACGAAACUGUGAACGGCACCUUCACCCAGGUGGCAUUGGCCGUGCUGGCAUCCAACAGCACUGUAGCCGAUACCUGCAGGCCACGCUAUUUUAUCUUCAAUUCACAGACUGUGUAUGCUGUGCCCAUCCUGACAUUUUCCUUUGUCUGCCAUCCUGCUGUUCUUCCCAUCUAUGAGGAGCUGAAGAGCCGCAGCCGGAGACGGAUGAUGAACGUGUCCAAGAUCUCUUUCUUCGCCAUGUUUCUGAUGUAUUUGCUUGCCGCCCUCUUUGGAUACCUGACUUUUUACGAGCAUGUGGAAUCGGAGUUGCUGCAUACCUACUCUGCGAUUGUGGGAACUGACAUUCUUCUCCUUGUUGUCCGCUUGGCUGUGCUGGUAGCUGUGACCCUCACAGUCCCAGUAGUUAUUUUCCCAAUCCGGAGUUCCGUCACUCACUUACUGUGUCCUACAAAAGAGUUCAGCUGGCUCCGGCACAGUAUCAUCACCGUGACGAUCUUGGCCUUCACCAAUUUGCUUGUCAUCUUUGUCCCCACUAUUAGGGACAUCUUCGGGUUCAUUGGCGCGUCCGCGGCUGCGAUGCUCAUCUUUAUCCUCCCGUCUGCCUUCUACAUCAAGUUAGUGAAGAAAGAACCAAUGAGAUCUGUGCAAAAGAUCGGGGCUCUCUGCUUCCUCUUGAGUGGCAUAGUGGUGAUGAUUGGAAGCAUGGGCUUGAUUGUGCUGGAUUGGGUCCACGAUGCCUCUGCAGGUGGGCAUUAACGGCCCUCUCCCACUGGAUGGUCCAUCUGCCUGUUGCAUUGAGUCCACUCUCAAGGAACUCAGAUCCCUCCUGACGCUUUCAGAUCACUUCCUUUUGAAGUGCAGUCUCCUCGCUGGUUCUUCUGGAUGCAGAAUAAGUGAACUUUUCUUUCUGUUAGUUUGUUUGCUUUUGUUUUGUUUUUAAGAAUCUUAAUCUGUGUGUUAGGGAGUGGAGAGGAACAACGAAACCACGAGCCUUGGGUUAAGGGAAGUGACAACUUUAUUCCAUUCCGGAGAAUGGACGAACUUUUAACUUUUAUCAAAGCCACAUGUUUGGCAGUCUCAUUGUUUAACUUGGAUAUUUUAUGAUUUUACUUGAAUGUGCCUAACGGAACCAUUCGAUGUGAGAAACACUUCUUAAUUUACAGCAAAGUAUUGAAAUAAGCAUUGAGGAAAACACUUAUUUUUUGUACCAAAAAAAAGAUACUUUCAAAGACCUCAGAAGCACUAUUUUACUUUGAAGAAACUGCAUUUUUGAACUUUAUCUAGAACAAGUUGUCAAUAAAUUCUGUCAAUUUCAUUGAUAUUUAAAAAUGAAUAUUAUUAGUAUUAUGAAAUUAUUUGCCUUUUUUGUAGGCAUUAUAAGCCAAAUACUUUUUUACCCAAAAAAUCAUUUUCUGGAAAAAUGUUAUGAGAAAUUGCACCAUGGAUUUAGCAUGGUUUUGUUUUUGUUCAUUCAGAUUCAUUUGAAGGAUAAUUGGUAAUUGCUGCACCAAAUCAGGUGAACUCCGUUCAUCGCUUUCUUUGCCUCCAGAUAAUUGGUUCAUUAAAACUAAAAUGUUUGUCUUCAAUUAGGCUGGGAAACAGCGCAGAGAUUUCUGUAGGAAAUGAAAUAACUGAUUUUGAGGUACCAAAUAGUGCAAUUGGGUAAAACAGGGUUUAUUCAGUUGCGUCUGUCUCCAGAGUUCUGUUCUUGGCUCUGGGUCGUGCUUUUUGGGCCCAUCCUUCAAAACAUUGCUUCCAAAAGUGAAAAACGGCGUUUGAUGGCAAUAGGCCAAAACUGUCCCAAUGGGAAGCAGAACUUUCAAACGCUCGUCUACUGGAAGCGUGACUUACUUGACAACAUGCGGCUCAGUUGUGUUCCUGCUGUGUCUACAGUAGAGGUCUAACCGGCAGGCUGCGCCCUGCAGGUACACUGCAAGCUCUCUUCAGAAAGGUCACUGGGUUUCUCAUGCAGCAAGCUUUCUAAAAACUCGCACUGGAUUGUCAUCUCAUACAAUGCAGAAUUAUUUGUUUACAUUGAACAAAUGAUUAGCUAGGGGAAGUAGUUCAAGCCGGUUGCACUCAGUUUCUGGUCCAACUGCAUGCUUACCUUUCCAUUUCAAUUCCAGUUAAACGUGAAAACAUAACUUGGAAGCUUGGCUUUAAGAGCACAUUUACUGUAUGUUAGCGGUGUAUGGUGAAUAUAUUAUUAAAUAAUGUGGUACUUUGCUUAUCAGGCGUAAUGUCUAAGAUCUAAUUAAUAUACAUAAUUCCAUUAAGUGGUGGAGGGAAGCAAGUGGAAUCAUCAAUUUGUCAUCUGGCUCAUGAGGUUUUUUUCCUCUUGAUCCAAACGUUUUGAGUUUGAGGCAAGGGCCAGAAGAAAUGUGAUACACAUGGUUUUUGUUACAGCCUUGUAUUGUAUAUGUGACUGGAUUCAUAGGCAAGAUGUGUCGUCUGCCAUUAAAGAGCCUUGCAGACCGGAAGACGUCUGGUAGCGCUAGACGUCUGUUAGUACGUACAUUGGGUACAACCAAUGGUCACUUCUGUGCCGGAGAUGAAAUCAUUGGGGACCGUGUAGACAUGCAAAGGCGGUGAGAAGACUCCACCAUGCUACUUACUAUCAUCCGGUCCAGAACCUCACCUGUAGUCAAAGACUUUGCAUUUGUGCUUGAAGUCCUAGAAAGAGUCUGGAAAUAAGAUCUGCCAGGGGAUGCUGAGAUGUUUAACAGGCAUCUGAGAGAUGGUGCCAGGGCAACCAGGAUCCUGUUCACAGCCGAUCAGUGUGGAGAGACUUCCCAGACCUUUUGUGAGGGAUCACGAUUGAAGGUUCCAAAUGAAUUUCAGGCCAAAUCCCGAUGCUUGGGGUUGUUUAUCUGCCUUGAGGUUCCUGAACUGAGUUCUCGGUCUUGAGCAGUCUUCAGUAUUAAAACCACUGUCGGGUCACCUCAGUUUGCAUUGCUGUCUUCCACGGAACGUUUCAGUAACUGUACUGUUAUUUAUAGAGCAGCAUUAAUCCAUUAAAGCUAACCUAUUUUUCAAUAUUUAUGAUAAACUGUAUAUACAUUGUCCAUAUGUAUUUGUAAAUAGAUUGUAUAUAGUAUCAGAAUUGGGUCUUGGGUUCAAGUGUAUAUAGUCCCCUGAGUUUCUUAACUGCAUUUUGAUGAAUUCACAGUAUAUGUAAGUCCCCAAAUUACUUGUACAGAGAAUUCAAUAUUAGAAAUUGACAUUGUGUAUAAUACUAAAAUUGAAGAUAACUUGUUUAAAUUGUAUUUGCAAUAAACUGGUUGGACAUCAACCUAAGUUCAAAUAUCUAAUUAAAGCUUUAAAUGAGGUCUAAAUUUUCAAACUGCAGAGGCUACAACAUGGCUAUCUGAUAACAUAUCAUAUGAGAUCUCCGUGAACGUGAACUCCUUGUAUGUAUAUAGUGUAAAUGUCCCUGCUGGACUGUUAGAGGCCAACAAGCCUCUGUGGCCUGUUGGCAGAGAGGAAACGCUACACGGUUUCAAUGAAACAAUGUAUGUUUGUUUUAACUGAACUAAAAUAAACACAUGAUUAAUGCUGA